UCUGUCUCAUUGUUCUAUCGGUGGCCGUACACCACCACCAGCGCUUCUUAUUUUUUCAAGUAUAUGUGGCAACUGGCUUAAGAUGUUGUUGUUUUAAAAUAUGGAUAGUUGUCAUUUUGUGUAGUUUUGGUGUUUUUUUCCUCUGAAGGUCGUUAGCUAUAGAUGUGGACUCGGCACAGAGAUAUGUAUAGUUUGGAGUCUUACUCAAAGAAGGGAAAAGGAAACGGCCGACUGUGAUUCACAAAAAGCGCUCCUCUGCCGGGUCAGGUGUCUAAAGUCUUCCAGACAAGAUGGUGAAGAGGAGGCAGAAAGGUCCUAGAGAGGACGAAGUGAUAGACCUGACUGGUCCGUCGUGCAACCAUAUCCGUAAAGGUGUAGACUCCAGCUUCCUGAAGAAGACUGGGAUAGACUCCGCCUGUAACAGCUGCCAAGACUGUAGGGGUGAAGAGCCGGCUGCUGCUGUACAGGCUCCAUCAGAGGAGAUGAGCGAAACACCAACGAUAUGGAUGUGCUUAAAAUGCGGACACCGAGGGUGUGGGCGUACCUCUGAGGAUCAGCAUGCUAUCAAGCACUACGAGAAGCCUCGGUCAGACCCUCACUGCCUGGUGCUCAGCCUGGACAACUGGAGCGUUUGGUGUUACAUCUGUGAUGAUGAUGUCCAGUACUCUAAAACAGGCCAUCUGGCUCAGUUGGUGAACAACAUUAAGAAACAGGCCUUGUCUGAGCCUCGGAAACAAAGUCCACAGAGAAAGCAUUCAAUAGUGAAGCUGGAGGACAGCAUGAUAGAAGAGCCACAGGAAACCAAGCCAGAAGAGAAGGAAGAGAACACAGUGACACAACCGAAAGAAAACCAGAAGAAGAACGGCAAGAAAGAAAAUGGUUUGAAAGAGAGCAGCAGUUUGACUAGAGGACAGAAGGCCGUGGGAGGAGCCAGCAGCGGUGCAGUGGGAGGAGUCAGCAGCUGUGCGUUGUCAGUUAGAGGACUCAGUAACCUUGGAAACACCUGUUUCUUCAACUCUGUUGUUCAGACCCUCUCUCAGACACAGAUGUUGAGACAGGUCAUCAACAAGGUGACGGCUGAAGAGAAGACCAGUGUCACCAUCACACCUGGAGUCUCCUCAGACCUGGAACCCAUCCUGGUGCAGCUAGGUCCUCCGGGGUCUCUGACCGUGGCGAUGUGUCAGAUCCUGAAUGAGAUCCAGGAGACUAAGAAGGGGGUGGUCACCCCGAGAGAACUUUUCAGUCAGGUCUGCAAAAAAGCGGCACGGUUUAAAGGGUUCCAGCAACAGGAUAGCCAGGAGCUUCUACGCUACUUGCUGGAUGGGAUGAGAGCCGAGGAGAUGAAAAGACUGAACUCUGGAAUAUCGGAAGCACUGAAAAAACAUGGAAGAGAUGCUGAACAAUCAAAGAAGUUAGUCAAGGAGUAUGAGAAGAAGGGAGCUCCUAAUAACUUCGUAGACCAGGUGUUUGGUGGGGAGAUGACCAGCACGGUCAUGUGUCAGCAAUGCAAGACGGUUUCUUUGGUCAAGGAGAUGUUUCUGGAUCUGUCCCUUCCUGUCUCAGACCAGGCCUACAGGAAGAAGAGUCAGAAGAAAGGAGCGGGGAACCAGAAGGCUAGUACUGAGGUGAAAUAUAACAACGGAGACAGCCCUAGCCCUGUCUCCAUGACCAACGGUGACUCCGACGACCUUCCUACUGGCAGCAAGUACCAGCAGAAGAAACAGAAGAAACAGGCCAAGAAACAGGCCAAGAACCAGAGACGUCAGCAGAAGCUAGUCCCCCUGGACAGCUUCACACCUCCAGAGAACACCGCAGAGAGCCCAGUACCAGCAGAGCAGGGAGAGGAGACAGGAAAUAGUACCCAGGGAGAGGAGGAGGAGGAGGAGCCUCUGGUUGAGAGCCAAUCAUCAGAGACCGAGAGGUCCGAGACCGCUCCCUCAGAGCAGGACCAAGAGAAACCUCAGGGGGCAGGGCACACGGAGAAAGAGGAGGAGGAUUGUGAACCAGUGGCUGUGUCCAACAACCACUCCACUGUGAUGUCAGAAGAGCAGAGUCACCAGUCCCCUGAGGGGGUUGGAAAAAGAGACGGACACGAGGCUGAACUUCGAGGAGAGGAGGAGAAUGAUGAUGGUGAUGCAGCCCAACCGUCUGGAGAUGAGCAAGACACCAAACUUUCAGACAAGCUGGGUGAACUAUCUCUGAACGAAGCCUUCCUAGCCUCUGAGGACUCGGACCUGGAGCUGGGGUGCAGAGAUGGAGACACGUCUGCUGAAACGGGUAAUGUUGCAUUUUGCACUUUUUUCCGCCCCCUAAAUGUUCUUUGUCACCUCUGGUUCUUUGCAGAGGAUAGACAUUUAGGGUCCGGGGAUUCUUUGCGACAUUUCGAAAUGACAUCGGUUUCUUUGGUCAAGGAGAUGUUUCUGGAUCUGUCCCUUCCUGUCUCAGACCAGGCCUACAGGAAGAAGAGUCAGAAGAAAGGAGCGGGGAACCAGAAGGCUAGUACUGAGGUGAAAUAUAACAACGGAGACAGCCCUAGCCCUGUCUCCAUGACCAACGGUGACUCCGACGACCUUCCUACUGGCAGCAAGUACCAGCAGAAGAAACAGAAGAAACAGGCCAAGAAACAGGCCAAGAACCAGAGACGUCAGCAGAAGCUAGUCCCCCUGGACAGCUUCACACCUCCAGAGAACACCGCAGAGAGCCCAGUACCAGCAGAGCAGGGAGAGGAGACAGGAAAUAGUACCCAGGGAGAGGAGGAGGAGGAGGAGCCUCUGGUUGAGAGCCAAUCAUCAGAGACCGAGAGGUCCGAGACCGCUCCCUCAGAGCAGGACCAAGAGAAACCUCAGGGGGCAGGGCACACGGAGAAAGAGGAGGAGGAUUGUGAACCAGUGGCUGUGUCCAACAACCACUCCACUGUGAUGUCAGAAGAGCAGAGUCACCAGUCCCCUGAGGGGGUUGGAAAAAGAGACGGACACGAGGCUGAACUUCGAGGAGAGGAGGAGAAUGAUGAUGGUGAUGCAGCCCAACCGUCUGGAGAUGAGCAAGACACCAAACUUUCAGACAAGCUGGGUGAACUAUCUCUGAACGAAGCCUUCCUAGCCUCUGAGGACUCGGACCUGGAGCUGGGGUGCAGAGAUGGAGACACGUCUGCUGAAACGGAAACGGAGACAAAGCUGGAGGGGAAGGAGUACACAGUCUCUCACCAGGAUCCUAAACUGGCCUUUCACACGCUGGCCACCAGGGCGGCGCCAGAGAACCAGGAGUGCUCUGUGGAGUCCUGUCUCUACCAGUUCACAGAGGUAGAGAACCUCACUCAGAACAACUCUCUUCUCUGUGUCACCUGCACCAAGAGACAGACCAAAAACAAGGCUGCGGAAGGCUCCAAGAAGAAUGUGUACACAGAUGCUCUGAAGCAAAUGCUGAUCUCGUCUCCCCCUCCAGUGCUUACUCUUCACUUGAAGAGAUUCCAGCAGAUUGGAUACAGUGUGUGUAAGGUGAACAGCCACGUCAACUUCCCUCACAUUCUAGACGUAGCACCAUUCUGCUCUGUCAUGUGCAAGGGUGUGUCGGAGGGAGGCUCUCAGGUGCUUUACAGUCUGUAUGGUAUAGUAGAACACAGUGGGACUAUGAGAAGUGGCCAUUAUACAGCCUACGUCAAAGCCAGACCUUUCUACCCCUCCACGACACACAACGGAGUGGGCACACAUGGUGAGCCAGAGCCGGUGAAAGGGGCGUGGUUCCACGUGAGUGACAGUAGUGUGCAGCCAGUCACGGAGAGCAAAGUGCAGAGCUCCCAAGCCUACCUCCUAUUCUACGAGAGGAUCUCCUAGACCUGCCUACGUCCCAACUUGUACCCUAUUUACCUACAUACUGUUGGCUGUGUUUACACGGGCAGCCCUGGUUCUGAUCUUUAGACAAUAAUUGGUCUUUUGACCGAUCAGAUCUAAUUCCAAUACUUGGGCAAAAGAUCAGAAUUGGGCUGGCUGUUUAAACGCAGCCGUAGUGCACUACUUUUGGCCAGAGCCUUAUUAUGCAGCCUUAUGAGGCUUUUCCCAGACAAAUUUAGUGCACUAUAAAUGCCCUAUUCCCUACAUAGUGCACUACUUAUGGCCUGAGACAUUGUACUGGUAUUGAUAUAAGCCAGAUGAAGUGCAGAGUGAAUACGAGUGGAAUAUUUUUUUUUCUUUUCUUUUUAUAAUCAAUAUAAAGGGGUGUGUCUUAAAUGGAGCCCUAUUCCCUAUGUAGUGCACUACUUUUGACCAGAACCCUAUUUGUCCUGUUCAAAAGCAGUGCACUAAAAUAGGGAAUAAAAAAAAUUAAAAAUGAGGGUGACAUUUGAGACCUUGACAAAGAUAAUUAAUUAAGAUCAUGACUGGAGAUGUCCCAAAACGAACAAUAUUUAGCUUGGAAGUUUUUUUUGUUUCUAUUUUGAUGAAUUAAUUGUAUCAGUAAUGGACAUAAAAAGAAUCCCAAGUAUUUUUUUUACUGUGCAUAUGUGACUAUACAGUGUUUUCCUAAAGAAAAGAAGGAAAGAAGGGAGCACAGAUCAUUGUGUGCGUCCCAAUUUGCACCGUAUAUAAGGGCACUACAUUUUGAUCAGAGGUCUAAAUUGGAAAUCGGGUGCCAUUCAAAACGCCAGCCAUUCUAUUCCUCUUAGACAUAAAACCAUAGAAGAGUUUGUUGAUUGAUCUGUCUGAUUGCUUGGUGUGUUACACAGUAGAAGCAAAAUAAACCUGCCAAUACCUUUUUUAAAAUUAUUAUUAUUGCUGCAAUAUGUGACAUUUUGGGCAGACCUGACCAAAUUCACAUAGAAGUGCAGUUAUAGAUCUGUCAUUCUUAUUAAAGCAAGUUUAAGAAUUGGCA